UGUCUAGAACAGAAGAAGAAAAGUGACUUAUGGUUUCAGUUUAUUUUUAUUAUUAGUGUUAUCUUACUUAAUUUCGGUACUCGUACUAAUACGCAUUUCAUUCCGGCUAAUCGAAUUUGUAAUGCACGUGGUAAAAAUAAGAUGUGGCUCCAUUAAUAUCUAAUUCUUGAUAAACUCUUGGUAACAUGAGUAGACUAAUUUUUCCAAUACCAUCUGUGAAACGGUAUUUUCUCCAUUUAUUCUGAAUAUCAUCAAUUUUUUGUAAUUCAUCCUCUUUUGCAGUUGUAAUUGCUCGUAGAGAAUCGGUGAAACAUAGAGUCAUUCGAGUACAUAUGUUGAUACAGAAUAUUCAUGACUAAAAUCACCCAUCUAUGCUCGAAUUUUGUCAGCAUCAAAACCUUAACGAGGAGACUAAAAUAACAUAAGUUGAAUAGUCCAGUGUCAAACACACUAGCAAGUUUCAGUUAUUGGAAUCGAAAGCGAAUAAUCUUAACACGUUCAUCUCUCUUUAAGGUGAUUGCGUACCUCUAUACGGGGCAUAAAACCAAAAUGAUCGAUCGGCCUGAUCACGUAAGGGUUUCCUUUUAUGUCACAGUCGACAUACAAAAUCUGACAAAAAUAAAACCGCCAACUUUUAGAGCUUGCUCGACUACCUAUUGAACGCCUAGCUAUUGAUCAUCUAGAUUUUUACACAAAAAUCAAUGUAAGGUUUAUUCAAGCUUUCGAUAAGAGACAUCCAUUUUUGACAUUCCAUCAUCAUCAAAUACUUUAUCACCUUCUGUUCAAUCUCCACGACAUGCAUUAAUACGCAGACAAGCCACAGACAACUAUUUAACUACAGCAAAUAAAAAACGUAAAUUAUAUGACAAACAUUUAAUUUAAAAUUUAGCUGAAACACUCAAUGUAGGCGAUUGUGUUGGUAUCAAUAUUCAUGAUGUUGACAGAACCAAUACAGAUCCGAAACUUUUACCAUGUUUAAUAUUUUUAAAAGAAAAAAAAGGAGAUGACGUUGUUUUUCAACUAGCUUGUCAGUUUGGGAAACUGGUUUCAUCAUUUACAGUCGAAAGUUUGAUUCCAUUGAAACAUGUCUGUCCGUCUGAAUUGAAAGCUGUUGAUAUUGCUGAAUUGGAAAAUAUAACAUUGAUUGAAGCUUGUAAACUAUUUAUACGCGGAUCAGUGAGUGGUGCGACGUGUGAUUGUAAAUCUCAAUGUGCAACGAAACAUUGUCCUUGCAAAAAAGCUAAUGUUAAGUGUUCUACAAAAUGUCAUUCAAAACGAACUGGUGGUUGCAAAAAUAUAGAAUAA